AUGUCGGUCACGUCACCACAGAGUCGCGCGGAAGAAGUGCGGAGUCUUCUCGGCGCAGUCGAAGAUCUCCUCAUACCUUUCAUUCAAUCCGCGGAUGACAUUACUCUUGGUCAUGCGCAACUGCAGAACGGCGACGAUGGGACAAACGGCGUGAACGGACACAGCAAGAGCGGAACAUCUCUAGUUGACUACAAGAAACCGGAAGAGCUUCGGGACAUUUUGCAAUUAUCAUUGCCGGAAAAGGGCGCCAGACAAGACGGCCUGAUCGAGGUUCUUCGCAAAGUCCUGAAAUACUCCGUCAACACAUGGCAUCAAGGCUUCCUUGACAAAUUAUAUGCGUCAACGAACGCUCCCGGUGUAGCAUCCGAGCUCAUCUUGGCCGCUCUCAAUACGAAUGUGCAUGUGUACCAAGUCUCACCGGCUUUGACCGUGAUCGAAAAGUACACAGGACAGCAACUGGCUGCGUUAUUUGGUCUGACGGGACCACGGGCUGGUGGAAUCUCAGUACAAGGGGGUUCAGCGUCGAACACUACGUCGAUUGUGAUUGCGCGUAACAAUUUAUACCCGGAUACGAAGAAAAAUGGCAACGGCGAUUACAAAUUUGUGCUGUUUACUAGUGAUCACGGUCACUACAGUAUCGAGAAGGCGGCGCAAAUGCUGGGUUUAGGAAGUAGCUCAGUGUGGCCGGUCCCUGUGGACAAGCAAGGACGCAUGAUUCCGGCGGAGCUAGAGAAACUGGUUGAGAAAGCGCUCCAGGAGAAGAGGACUCCAUUUUAUGUCAACGGGACUGCGGGCACGACGGUAAUGGGCUCCUUUGACCCGUUUGACGAGAUCGCCGCCAUCUGCAAGAAAUACAACCUCUGGUUCCACGUGGACGGUUCAUGGGGUGGCUCAUUCGUUUUCUCCAAACGCCAGAAGCACAAGCUCGCCGGUGCAGAAAAAGCAAACAGCAUCGCCAUCAAUCCCCACAAAAUGCUCGGCGUCCCAGUGACAUGCUCCUUCCUCCUGGCGGCAGACCUCCGCCAAUUCCACCGAGCCAACACCCUCCCGGCGGGCUACCUGUUCCACAACGAAGACACCGAAUCACAGCCAGAUAGUGAUUCUAUUUCUGCGGAGAACGAGCUUGGCGUUGAUUCCCCGGAGGUCUGGGAUCUGGCAGACCUUACUUUGCAGUGCGGACGACGCGCGGAUUCGUUCAAGCUCUUCCUGGGCUGGACUUACUACGGCACGGAGGGCUAUGAGCAGCAGAUCGAUACGGCCUGCGAUCUCGCCGCGCACCUGGCCACGAUCGUAUCAAAAAAUUCCAACUUCAUUCUGGUCAGCGAGAACCCGCCGCCCUGUCUGCAGGUAUGCUUCUACUACGCUCCAGGUGGACAGCUCGUCCAUCCCCGUGGCAUUGUGUCAAACGAGACCGAGCGUGCAAAGGCCAAUAGCAAAGUCACGGAACAAGUGACCCACGCUUUAGUGCAAAGGGGCUUCAUGGUUGACUUUGCGCCUCCGAGCGGCGAUGAUAAUGCUGUCGGGAACGGCAAGUUCUUCCGCUGCGUGGUCAAUGUCCAGACGACGCGUGAAACGGUCGAAGGUCUCGUGCGUGCCAUCGAGGAGGUGGGCCCGGCUAUUGUUGAGAAACUCAAGGCCGAGGCUGCGUCUUCGGCACCUAAGAUCAAGCGGCGGCCUGGCGAGAGGGGCCAUGGGCCGGUUGUUCACCAUCCUUGA